CUCCACACACUUAAAAACACACACACGAAAACGUUACAAAACACAAUUAUCAAAUUAUCUAACCAGAAGAAACCUCUCUCUCUCUAUCUAAUCUUUAUUCAAAUUCAUCCAUCAGAGAAAGAAAAAUUUCUAAAAAAUGUUUCGAGUAAGCAAUUUCGUGGUGGGUGUAGCCAACACAUUGGUGAUGUUAGUGGGCAUAUCAGCCAUUGGUUACUCGAUUUACAUGUUCGUUCAUCAAGGCGUGACCGAUUGUGAAUCAGCCAUUCGGGCACCACUUCUCACGACCGGAUGCAUCCUCUUCGUGGUGUCUCUGAUCGGGGUGAUAGGAUCUUGUUUCAAGGAAAACUUCGCAAUGGUCUCGUACUUGAUCAUACUGUUCACGGGCAUUGUUGCGUUGAUGGGGGGCAUUGUUGCGUUGAUGGGAUUCUCCAUAUUUCUCUUCUUUGUGACAAACAAAGGAGCCGGUCAUGUUGUCUCCGGAAGAGGGUAUAGAGAGUACCGGACGUAUGAAUUCUCCACUUGGCUUAACGGGUUCGUUGGUGGUAAAAGAUGGGUUGGAAUAAGAUCUUGUUUGGCUGAGGCUAGGGUGUGUGAUGAUUUGAGUGAUGGUCCUGUUAGUCAGAUCGCUGAUGCCUUUUAUCACAAGAACUUGUCUCCAAUCCAGUCAGGGUGUUGUAAGCCGCCAUCAGAUUGCAACUUCGAGUUCAGAAACGCUACUAUGUGGAUGCCGCCGACCAAAAACGAAACGGCGGUUGGGGCGAACAACAACGAAGACUGCGGUACAUGGAGCAACGUGCAAACGGAGUUGUGUUACAAUUGCAACGCAUGCAAAGCGGGAGUGUUAGCCAACAUAAGAGCUAAAUGGAGGAAUCUUCUGGUCUUCAACAUUUGUCUCCUCAUUCUCCUCAUCAUCGUCUAUUCCUGCGGUUGCUGUGCUCGUCGUAACAAUCGGACGGCUAGGAAAAGCGAUCAUGCUUAAAUUUUAAUUGCUUUUGUUUCUUCUAUGUUUUCUUUUAGUUUGUUUGUUUUUCUUUAUUAAGGUCAUUUAUGUUUCUUUGCUUCUUAGGAUAAUGUCACGUCUGCUUUCACAACAAUUAUCAAGAAUUUAGCACAUUUCACUAGUUUUACCAUCGGCAUUUCAUA